AUGUACACUGAUUUCAUACACGAGUAUGAGAAUCUAGGCCACAUGACUCGAUUGGAUCCUAGUAAUAACUAUGGAACGCCACACUGUUUCUUGCCGCACCAUGGCGUAUUUCGAGCCCACAGCACCACGACCAAAUUACGUGUAGUUUUUGACGCGAGUUUCCCCUCGUCCACGUCUAUAUCGUUUAACAAUCUCCAGCGUAUAGGACCCCCCAUACAAGGCGAUAUACCCAGACUUGAAUUAAGCGGGGCUGUAUUAAGUGCACGAUUAUUCAAGAAAAUAAGCGACUCACUCCGAUGUAAAUUUAACAAGGUGGUAUUUUGGACGGAUUCAACCAUAGUUUUAGGAUGGCUGCAAAUGGCUCCUAAUUUAUUAAAAACCUUUGUUCAAAAUAGAGUAGUCGAAAUUCUCGAGCUAACGGGUGAACUCCCAUGGCGGCAUGUAAGUGGUAAAGAUAACCCAGCUGAUAUGGCUUCACGCGGCGUUCUUUUAAACGAUCUCGCCACUUCUAAGUUGUGGUGGAAUGGACCCCAAUUUCUCCAUGAUCCUAUCUUUAAUGAUACUAUUAUUAGCUCUGAAACAAAAAACAUUUUAACCUGCGAAGAGCUGCCUGAGGUUAAAUCGAGUUCGAAAUUGAAUUUAUUUAUUGAUGAAAAGUGUGAUUUAAUUCGUGUAGGGGGCCGUAUUGCAAAUUCAACCGAAUUCGAGUAUAAUAAGAUGCAUCCGAUAUUGCUUUCCGAUCCCCGAGAUUUCCUACCACUUACUCCUGCUUACUUCUUAGUUGGAAGAUCGUUGACGGCGCCAGUUUAUGAAGACAUGCGACACAAUACUGGUACCAGCCUCAGUCGCUACAAACGAUUGGAACAAAUAAGACACCACUUCUGGGAGAGAUGGUCUAAGGAGUAUAUCUCUGAACUUCAAACGAGAUGCAAAUGGAUGAGCGGCGUUGAUACUCUGCAGCCAGGCAUGAUGGUCAUCAUCAAGGACGACAAUUUACCUCCUCUUAGAUGGCAACUUGGACGCAUCACUAACGCUGUUCCAGGCAAGGAUGGCAUAUCACGGGUUGCAGACAUACGCACGGCAACGGGAGUUGUGAGACGGUCAUUCGCAAAAAUAUGCCCAUUAUUCUUCGAAGAUGAAACAACGAAGACAAUGAAGAUAACUUAG